AUGCAGCAUUUUGUGCCCUUAGGAUGUGACGGCUCCGAGGCUGAUGAGCGCAGCUCCCCUUCAAGCCGACAGCGGAAACAAUCUGCUGCUGCUGCUGCUGCUGCUGCCGCUGCUGCUGCUGCUGGCUUCUCACUGAUCCCCGCGGGAGACGCUUCUCACUCUGUGUCUCCUCCAAGGCCUCCCCAGAGGCCUUCGCUGCAGCGGCAAGCAGCAGCAGCGGCUGAAGCAGCAGCAGAUGCUGCAACUAGAGCAGCAACAGCAGCAGCAACUUUAGUCGGCAUGCUGCGGAGGAAGCGCUGGCUGGCGCUGCUGCUGCUGCUGCUGAUACUAUCUGUCUUGCUGCUGCUGCGAGUUUUCUCCAGCAAAUCGCAGCAGCAGCAGCAGCAGCAGCCGCAGCAGCAGCAGCAGCACGGCGCCGCCCCCAAAGGCACAUUUAGCUCUCCGUGGCAGCACGAAGAUGCAGGAGCAGCAGCAGCAGAAGCAGCACCUGCUACAGGAAUUUCAGCAGCAGCAGCAGCAGCAGCAGAAGCCCUAGGAAUCCACAGCCGCAGACCUCGGGGCACUUACUUUGUGCAGCAUUUACCGGGCUACACUGCAGCAGCAGCAAUGCCCGCAGCUGACGCAGCAGCAGCAGCAGCAGCAGCAGCAGCAGCACAUGGCCGCGGCUACGACUAUCUGUUGGCUGCGCCUCUCUCAGCUACUUCUGCUGCACUUUCUGCAGGGUCAGCAGCAGUUUCAGCGCAGCAGCAGCAGCAGGAGCAGCAGCAGCAGCAGCAGCAGCAGCAGCAGCAA